AAGGGUCUCCACACCUCUGCUGGCCAUGCGAGAUACGGCUGACGGCUGCUCCCAGCGGACUGAAAAGAUGCAGCCGGUGGUGGUGGGCGCUGUGAAGUGGGCGUCCCGUUACGUGACAGUGGAGCCGCUCAUGUUCCUAUACUACGUGGCCACCACCAUCUCCACCGUGGUCACUCAGAACCUCAUGAUCUACAAGACGUGCUGGCCAGACGCGCAGCCAGAGGAGAUGGGCCAGCAGUGCCCAGAUGAGCAGGCGGCGCAGGCCCACGUCUCCAGCAUCGCCACCUGGAAGCCCUUCCUGCAGUUCCUGCUGCCCGCCGUCGCUGUCGCUUUCGCAGGACCCUGGAGCGAUAGACGCGGCCGGCGGCGGCCGCUGCUCCUCAUCCCGAUGGUGGGGCAGGUGCUGGCGGACGUGGCCGUUGGCGCCAGCGUGCUGGUCUGGCGCCAGUGGACGCCCACGCUCGUCGCCAUCGCCGAGACGCUGCCCGCCGCGGUCGCCGGCGGCAGGGGAGAGUACUCCGUGCUGUACCUGUUCGCAAGAUACAAGUUUGGUUGGAGUGAAGUGGACUACAGCCUGUACGCCGCCUUCAAGAUGAUCCUUAUCUGUGGAGGCUCUGUUCUGACGGUACUGCUGCUGUGCCGGGUGCUGAAACUGGAGGACUCGCUGAUCGGCCUCGUGUCCUGCCUCACACAGUUCGUCGCCAGCCUGCUCUACCUGGUGGUCAGCCGCAGCUGGGAGAUGUACCUGGUGCCCAUUGCAGAACUGUUACAUGGAGCAUCAAUGGCAGUGCAGAAAUCCAUUGGGUCAAAAAUAGUAGCACCUACAGAUAUGGGGAAGCUCAGUGCUCUAUAUAGUCUGUCAGAAGCUGUUGUGCCCCUUGCAAUUAUACCGCUAUACAAUUUAGUGUACCAACACACCUUCAGCAGCUUUCCCUCAGCAUUCUUCCUGACAAGUGCUGUUCUGACAGCUCCUGCUCUUCUGAUGUUCAUCUGGAUGUAUGUGGAAUACAGAAAAAAUUACGCAAAAGAGACCCAAAAGGACAAUACUGGAGAGCAACCUAUCGCUGCAGUAAACCAUAGCUUUGAACCGAAUGAAUCUGCAUCUCCAGUGAAUGGUGCUGAUCCUGGAAACUGUGAGUGUAAACCCAGAGACAUCGAUGUUGAAAGAGGCUGCAGUAAUGACAGUGAAGUGCCACUAGAUACUACCCACCGUCAAGGUGAAAUUAAGGAAGAAGAUUCUCAACAGACUAAGAGACAAGAUACAACAAACUGUCAUAAACAACCUACUCAUAGUAAUCAAAUGAACUGAUGUUGGAUCAUGGAUAACUGUUUUUGAAAUGGGGUAAUCCAGAAAGUAAUGGCUGUUUGGCUUUAUAAUUGGAGAAACAUAUUUUACUAUCAAAAACCUUGUCAUUUACAAAAUUGAAUCUUAUUUCAGUUCUCUACAAAAUAAGCUCCACUAUUUAAAUAUUUUUCACAUCUAUCUCAGAGCUUUAGAUUUCUUGUGUUGUAGUCAGUUGCCACCAUUCCUUUAAGCUAGUUGUUGACUGCAUUUGUCACCUCAGCAAUACUUGCUAAACAUUUUGUGCUGACAACCUUGUUGGUGAGCACCUCCAACCUACAUUUCCCACCCAAGAACUCUUUGGGUGAUUUUUAUUCUUCACUGAGUUCACAAAAUUGUCUAGGAUGGCUGACAGGCACAUAAAUCAGAAUGUGUCAUGCACAUUGGUUCAUUCAUUGUCAUAAUUUCACACUACUUUCUCACACUUGGUUCAUUCAUUACUACCAUCAUACAGUUCCUUCAGUUGCCCAUGAAAUUAUAUAUAUUUGAAUUUCUGAGUAUUCAUAAACUGUGUAACACACUUGACUUCACAGUCAGCAGGACUUUGUGUCACUCAGUUUACUUUUAAACAGACACAGAAUGCACAAUAACUUAUUUUGAUUGACACUCUUUUAACAUAAAGACAGGAUGAUAAGGAAAACAUUCAACCCCUUGAAUAGAAGCCCGAUAUCACUCUCUGCAGUGGGAAUGUAGCAUAGGUCAUUACUUCCUGGAUUACCUUCCUACAUUAUACAUUUCCUGAGAUAUGUACAAACACCAGCUCUUGAUUGAAAAUACCCAGGACAGCCAGAUUUUGUGCUCAGAGUAGUAUAGAUGGCAAUUUGAUAAACAUUAUAAGUUGACAGCUUGCCAAUGUAAGUAUUCAAUGCUGUUGGGUUGAGUCAGUCUAGAGCUUGUUUGCAUUUACAUGCAUUUUUCCAUCCACGUUAGUACAAAGUUUCAGAUUUAAUAUUCAAAGACUGAUUUUUUAAUAUAUAUAUUUUUCAUAAUGCUCUGUUAUAAUAAAACAAUGUAAUGUAAAGCUGUGUAAUUUUGCUUUUCUAUUGUAUCUUUCUUGACAAUGAAACAUGGAUUUGAAUGGAAAAAGUGACUAGUCUUCUGCCAUAGAGAUCAAAAAUUCUCUUAAGAACUCAUACUUCUAAGUUCUCAUUGUUUACUUUUUGAUUUCUGUAUCUUACUUUGGAUGAAUGCAAGUUUUGUUUUGCUUCAGGCAUAAUUCCACAAUGAGUUGAUAAGACAUUUACUUGAAAUAUCAUUAUUUUACACUAUGGGAAACAUUUCAUUUACCUUUAAGUGAUUUGUUUCACAGCAUGAAAGAAGACAGGAUAACAAAUUUAUAAGUGCAGCCUUUAAUGGCCAGAGUCCAUUUCAAUAAAAUGACCCAACAUGAUGUGAUACUGUUUUGGCUAGUGCUACAUGCAGGCUUCAUCAUGGAGUUAUCCUGAUGAAGGCUGUUUGCAGUAGUAGCUGACAUACUGGCAGCCUUAUCACAUCCUCACCAUCCUGUCACAUACCCAGAUGCAAGAGCAUACCCAACAUUUGAAGCGUGGGGAGAGGGGUUGGGGGGUGGGGACAAAACAUAAUAAUUUUGUAGUCGAUUAGUUUUUAUGUAUCACAACAAGUAACUCUGGCUUCACUUUCUUCAAAUGGAUACUGAUUUUACAUGUUUGUGUGUGUGUGUGUGUGUGUGUGUGUGUGUGUGUGUGUGUGUGUGUGUGUGUGUAUUUGUUUAAGUGUCGGAUACAAGUUUGGAUUCUGAAGAAUAUGUCUCGGGAUUUCUCCUGCACCUCACUGGGUAGACUCUUUCCCAGAAUAAUUGUACUGAAAUAAUAAAUUUUGUUUCUUUUAUUCUGUUUCAGUUACUGCAAUGUAACAAUUAUUUUAUUAAAAGUCUCAAAUUGUGCACUUCCUGUAAGAGCAAUGCCUUAUGUAUCUACUCUUCAUUGUUGAAUAAAAUGCUCCACCCUGUUCCUUGAUGGAAAUUUUUGUUGAUAAUAGAAAUUAGUUUCAAAUGCUUUGGGACUGAAGGAGACCACUCACCAAAUAGUAGAAGUGUCGAAUUAUCAAUGGCCAGAUACAGAAAUAAAAAUUAAAAAAAAAA